AUGUGCACUUUGCAGAUUGCGGCGCUGGGGGCGUUGAUCAAGGCGGCGGUGGACAUUCCUGGCAUGUCGGACGAUGACGAGACCGAGAUCAUCCAGAGCGCCGUGGAGAAGAUCGUGGCAGACGUCGAGAGCUUCAUGCCACGGGCGUACUGGGAGCGCAUCGUGACGAGCAAGGCCGUGCCGGAUGCCCAGCGAGAGCUGUUGCAGUCGCGCCUGUUCGUGUACUAUGGCGACAAGUUGCCGUAUCUGCCGUACUUAAGUGAGGACGACGAGCGGCUGAUCCUGCAUGCGACGAUCGCAAUCUUGACCGAUGCCAUGGGAAACACCAAGCUGGACGACAUUUUGUCGCAAGAAACCACGUCGUUGUCGCUGAUUGCCAUCUACAUCCGGGAAGCCAUGGGGAUCGACGACGUGGAAAUCCUGCGUCGAAAGGUCGCCGACAUGAUCAACUUGCCCAUUCCAAUGCCGCAACCGGUGGUCAACUGGUUGAUUGAGAAGGGUGUCGCGGCGCUCCUGUCCGUGCUCAGCCGUGCCGUCGACGUGUCCCUGUUGGAAUGCUUUGGGAAGGACGCGACUCACCAUGUCAAGACCAUCGGGGAAUUUCAAGCGGUUUUGCGAGGGAAUGUGACUCGGCUGCUCCACAACAAGAUGAGCGUGGUGCUGCUCCCCGCGUUCGUGGAGAGGUUUGUCAUUUCCAGCGUGAUCGACACGUACUUUGAGCUGUAUGUGACCAACGAGCGCAUCAACACCGCCGUGAGCAGCGUGAUUCGGCGCGGCAAGUGA